ACCAGGAAGUGUAGAGAAUCAUAACUUCCGGACAUGUGUGAGGAAUUGAUUUGUCGCUAACGUUAGCUGUCUCGUGGCACGAUCUUGGUUUGAUAGUAAUCCAUUAACAAAGCUGACAUUAGGUCAUUCAGUUUCGUCAAAAUAUUGGUGAAUGUAAUUCUUUUGAGGGGGGGAGAUGGCGGAGAUCGUUCAGCAGCGGAUCGAGGACCGGAUUCCGGAAUUGGAGCAACUGGAAAGAGUGGGACUCUUCACCAAGAAAGAAGUCAAAGCCAUCAUCAAAAAGGUGACAUCACUGGAAUACAAACUCCACAGGCUGAUCAUCAACAAAGAUGACUUUAUAGCAUACAUACAGUAUGAAAUCAACGUCCUGGAGUUGGUCAAGAAGAGGAGAGCGCACAUACGCUACCAGUUCAAGAAGGAAGAAAUCGAGUUUCCCAUCAUACACAGAAUCAACAGUGUCUUCAGAAGGGCCACAAAUAAGUGGAAGGAUGACGUGCAGCUUUGGCUCUCGCAUGUCGCUUUCUGUAAGAAAUGGUCCACGCAGGGGCAGCUCAGCAAGGUGUUCUCAGCAAUGCUGGCCAUCCACCCCGAUAAACCAGCGCUGUGGAUCAUGGCAGCCAAGAGCGAGUUGGAAGAGAGGAAUUCCUCGGAAAGUGCCCGACAUUUGUUUCUUAGGGCUCUGCGCUUCCACCCAGGCAACAGAAAACUCUACCAGGAAUAUUUCCGUAUGGAGCUGCUACACUGUGAGAAGCUGAGGAAACAGAAGGCAGAGCUGGAAAAGGCUCACAUUGACAUUGCUGGCUACGAGUUCUCUGCAGAAAUCCUAAGUGGGAAACUGGCAAUGGUUGUGUACAACGAUGCCACAGACAAAAACAAAGACGCAGAGUUUGUCAUCUCACUCCUCAACAUUGCAUCCAUUUUUGACUUCACCAAAGACUUCCAAGAGGCCAUCCUCCAGGAUCUGCAGACUAAAUUCCUAGAUGACAGCGUGACAUGGAACUUCUUGGCCAAGAGGGAGCUGGAUGCUCCAGGAGUGGGGGAGGCGCUCCAGACCGUCAUGGGCCGCGCUUCGGAAGUUGACCGGAGAGAGGCGAAAUGCUGCCAGGUCUAUGAAAAAGGACUUGAAAGAAUCAACACAGAACCCAUGUGGACCUCCUACAUCGCCUUCUGUCUUGAGAGGGUGAAAAGGAAGACAAACGUCCAACAGCUGGUGGACAAGAGACAAGAGAGGCUGCUGGGAGUUCUGCGGCGCGCGCACGACUCCUCACUGCUGAAAGAGGAUUAUUACAAGAACUGGCUGCAGAUCCUGGUCUCGUCAGGAGAUGAAGAGAGCGCGGCCAACAUCGCAAUAGCAGCCACGCGGCGCUACAGCCAAUCAGUGUCGGCCUGGAGCAUGGCCUUGCAGACACUGGUUCACUUGGGGAGGGAUGACGUCAGACGGCUGUUCCAUGAGGCGCUCGCAAACAUCCAUCCCAAGGAAAGCUUACCAAUUUGGCGGCUGCAGAUACAGUGGAGCAUCGCCAACCAGAAUCCAGAGGAGACGGAGGCCAUUUUCAAGAGAGGUCUUUCGUCUGCGGUGCCCGCAGUUGCCAUGGAGAUGAAAGAAAGCUACGUUGAUUGGUCAUACACCACCGGGGGAUACAAGAAAGCGAGAAAGACUUUCACAAGUUUACAGGAGAACCGACCGCUAUCCAAAACGUUCUUCACCAAAAUGAUACAGAUUGAAAAAGAACAAGAGACCCCAAAGAUGGACAAUCUGAGGGACUACUACGAGAGGGUCCUGCAAGAGUUCGGCUCCUCUGAUGAAGAUCUGUGGCUGGAGUACAUCCAGGAGGAGAUGGGACCCCUCGGGCAGCCAGAGAAUUGUGGCAAGAUCCACUGGAGGGCCAUGAAGUUUCUGGAGGGCGAAAGCGUGGAGAGGUUCACCUCCAAAUACACACUCCUGCAGACUGGACACCUCUGA